AUGGUAUUUUUCCUUGCUGCCUUUGUCUUGUACGCUCUCUGGCCCGCCGCUUUGUGUGUGACACGGUACUCCAUAGCCGAGGAGAUGGAGAGGGGCUCCGUUGUAGCCAACCUCGCUGGUGAUUUGGGACUCGAGCUGGGAAGUUUGGCCCAGAGAGAGGUAAAACUUGAUAUUUUCACUAACAAGAAAUAUCUCGAUUUCAACAAGAAGACGGGGGAACUGUAUAUCGUAGAGAAGAUGGACAGGGAAUAUCUUUGUCUCGCAAAAUCUCCAUGUUUUUUAAAGCUUGAUUUUAUUAUCGAGAGCCCUUUGCGCAUUUUCAACAUAGAGCUUGGAAUAACAGACAUAAACGACAACGCUCCACAUUUCAGACGAGACAGAGUAGAGCUGGACGUGUCGGAGUCUGCAUCACCGGGAGAGAGGUUCUCACUGCCCAAUGCCGUGGACCCAGAUGUUGGUAUUAAUACAAUUAAAACAUACAAACUUAGUGUUAGUCAACAUUUCACCAUUGAAAUUCAGACUGGCAGCGACGGAACUCAGUAUGUGGACUUGGUUCUGACUAAGUCCUUAGAUAGAGAGGAGAAUGCUGUUCACAAUUUAAUACUGACUGCUGUGGAUGGAGGCAUCCCGGUGCGCACAGGCACUGCUAGUAUUGUGGUGAGAGUGCAGGACACGAACGACAAUCCUCCUCAAUUUGAUCAACAGAUAUACAAUAUUAACAUGACAGAAAAUUCCCCGAUAGGAACCUUAGUGACGAAGCUCAAAGCUAAAGAUCUUGAUGAGGGUCUGAAUUCUGAGAUAGUGUACUCAUUCACCCUUUACACGUCUGAGAAAACACAAGAUGUCUUUGCUAUAAAUCCAAACACUGGAGAGAUCACUGUGAAAGGAACAAUAGAUUAUGAGGAUAUGACGCUUUAUGAAAUGCACAUCGAAGCUCGAGACAAAGGGAAAAAUCCUCUAUUGGGGCAGUGUAAAGUUAUAGUCCAUGUCACCGACAUGAAUGAUAAUUACCCAGAGAUCAUCAUAGAGUCAGUUAAAAACACAGUUGAUGAGAACAUACCUGUAGGCAGUGUCAUUGCACUGGUAGGCAUAAGUGACAGAGAUACGGGUGAUAAUGGCAAAGUAAGCUUAUCUAUCCAUCAACCCAUGCCCUUUACUCUAAAUGAAUCAUCAGACAGGCCAAUGCAUUACAAGCUUAUAGUAUCUGAGCCUCUAGAUAGGGAAAAAGUGCCUGAAUAUGAUAUCAUACUGAUUGUGACAGAUGCAGGAAAACCACCUCUGUCUGACAAUGAAACAAUAAGUGUGCAUAUAUUAGAUGUCAAUGACAAUGCACCACAAUUCCCACAGUCAUUUUAUACCAUACGUGUAAUGGAGAAUAAUGCACCUGGAGCCUUGCUCAGCUCCCUCACUGCCUUUGACCCUGACCUCCAUGAAAACCAGUAUCUAGUUUACUUCAUCAUAGAGAAGGAGAUAGCCAACACCUCCAUGUCCAUGCUGUUCUCCAUCAAUCCAGAGAACGGGAAUCUUUAUGCACUAAAAACUUUUGACUAUGAGAUUGAGAAGGAGUUUCUUUUCCACAUCGAGGCCCGAGACUCUGGCUCUCCUCCUCUCAGCAGCAAUGUGACUGUCCACAUCAUUAUUGUGGACCAGAAUGACAACGCUCCAGUCAUUGUCUCUCCGUGGCGUGCUCACGGCUCAGUGGUGGAGGAAAAGAUCCCCAGAUCCACUGAUAAAGGCUCCCUGGUGACCAAAGUCAUCGCUUUGGACACAGACUCAGUGCACAACUCUCGGAUUACCUACCAGUUUCUCCAGGUGACUGACGCCACCUUGUUCAGCCUGGAUCAAUACAACGGAGAGAUCCGGACCAUGAGGAUGUUCAGCUACAGAGAUCCACGCCACCAGCGGCUGGUUGUUGUUGCCAAGGACAACGGACAGCCUGCUCUGUCUGCUACAGUCACCAUCAAGCUGUCCACAGUGGAGACUGCAGUGAAGGCCUACUCUGACAUGACUGAGAUGCCUCUGGAAUAUGACAUCUUCUCAGACCUCAACCUGUACUUGGUGAUCGGUCUGGGUUCAGUGUCCUUUCUGCUGCUCAUCACCAUUCUGGUCACCAUCGUGCUCAAGUGUCAGAAACCCAAGCCCAGCAAAACAGCUGCUCCCUGCAGGAACAGUGUGAUCAGUGAGCGGAACUCCACCAUCGCUGACUCCACUCUGGUGUCCAACGACGCCUACUGGUACAGUCUGUUUCUGGCCGAGACCAGGAAAGGAAAGCUGGUGGUCAGACAGCCUAUGCCCAAGGGCUCCAGAUACAUCGUGUCCAGCAUCCCGAGAGGGACAGGACUGACUGACACGAGUGACUCAGCAGCAUCCACUCUGCAGGUAACCAACCACGACAAGACCACGACUCUGACUGAGAGACAGACAUCGAGGGGAAUGGACAGCUCCGUGGUGCUGAAACAAGAUGAUUGA